GAUAACUUCAUCCGUCAAAGAACCCGUCAUUCGAUCCGAACAAUUUCGCUCUCAGUACAUAUCAAAAUUCCAGCAGUGUAUAUGUAAAGAGCUAUGAAGUGUAAUGAAAGUCGGCUCUUGAUGCAUAUUUUGUUGGUAAUUUUCUUCGGUUUUCAACUGCUCAUCACGUCUAGAUUGGAGUCAUCCAACGAGGAAACCGUAAUAGAAGACUGCCACACGCAUAAAUUGUGUCGAGUGUUUGAACCAGGUUGUUUUGCAGAUUUUUUCAUAUGUCGUUCAUGUGGUCAUGACGUUAGUUUGUCGAAUUUCCUGCUAGAUAAGCACAGUCCGCUUGCCAUUGGGACCAGCAAUCAGACGCUUGCUGCCGGUAAACAGCUCGCAAUACAGGAAGUUCAGAAUACCCUCGGGAUACGCUUCAAGAUAAUCGUCGUCCAGAAAGCUUACUGCGCGAAAGUUGAAUCGUGGAGCACAUUACACUCUUGGUUUCCGGGAUAUGCAUGGAAACUUUGUGUUUGUCCAAAGUGCCGCACUCAUCUAGGGUGGAUGUUUGAGCCGACGGAAUCGGCAACAUCUGAACGUUACUUUCCUUCUGAGAACGGUUUCUACGCCCUUAUCUAUAGCAAUAUAAUUUCUGAAGGAUACGUGAAUUCUCUGCUGAUGCGUGAAAAAGUUUUACGAGAAAACUAGGUACGAUAUUCACUGGAAACCCGCCUUUAAAUAUGGUUGACCCAAAAAGACACAUUAACAUCCUUUCGGAGGAGGAUCAGCUGUUUAUCAACGAGUGCGAGGAGGAGUUUGAGUUUCGUUUCACCGAAGACGAUGCCGAGUUU